CCAAACAUUUACACUUGAACAUUCAUAAACAACUCGUGGUGUUCAACUGCUUUCAGUUAAGCCUUUGUUACAGAAUUUCCACAUUGCCCAAAAAGAAUCCUGGAAUCAGCAGUCCAGUAGCUUCAUACCUUCCUCAGCAACUAUCACGACUUGCCAACCCCAUACUGGUAGUCUAGACUUAAGGAUUCACUAUCACAAAAAAAUUAUUGGCCCACUUGCUCUAUCGGUAAAUUCGAAUAGCCGGAUAAAUAUAGCUACUUGGCUGGAUUACAAAGAAAAAAAAAAAUAUUCAAACUACCCUUCUUUCAACAACACCAUGGUGAGAAGGUCUGCCAGAAACAACACCUCAACCGACACCGUUACUCUAUCCACCGUUGCAAAACCGACUGAACAAAAUGCUGCUACCUUGGACGAAGCUGUCAAAAGCCCUGAUCUACCAGUAACAACCAAACUGGAUCAAGAACCUAAUCCAUUCGAGCAAAGCUUCUCUGGAGCAUCCUCCAGGAGCAAUAACCAAGAGGCCGAAGGAGCAAAGGCCGCACCGAAACUGGUUUUGCCACCGGCGGCUUCCAUUGCCAGCCCAAGCCCUAAUGUGCUUUCCAAAGGCAUCUUCCCAAAAGACAUGGCUGAACAAUUUGCUUGGGACUCACUAAGAUCAGGACCUCUUUCACCUUCCAUGUUGCAACGACCUGCUGAUUCUACUUUUUCAGCAGUGGACGGUGAACAACUCGGUACCAAUAAUAGAAUUGGCUCUAUUUCAAAUGUGCCUGGAGCAUUUUCUUUUCAAGGCAUGACACCCAAUUCACUUUAUGGGACUAGUACUAAUCCUCAACAGCCAGCUGCUCAGUAUCAAGACAUGAACGGUAAUCUCUUUACAUCCAACACCAUGCCUGGCCAAGCCGCCUCAGAUAUGUACAUGAUGCAACGACAAAAUAUGAUGAACAUGGGCAUGGCGGGAAUGGACCAAAACAACUAUGGUCAAUCGACUUCACCGCCUCACAAACGGGCUAGACGAAAAACGCUCGAUGACACCACAGAAGAUAGUACCAGCCAAACCAGUGAACAAUCUCACUCCAAUACCAAUAAAUCUCGAAGAAAGGCUUCUAAGGAUACCGAUGACGAUGAAAGAAGGAAGAACUUUUUGGAGAGAAAUAGACAAGCUGCUCUCAAGUGUCGCCAGCGCAAGAAGCAAUGGCUCAAUAACCUUCAAGCCAAGGUGGAAUACUUGACCAAUGAUAACGAACAGUUGCAACUGCAGGCCAAUGCGCUGAGAGAAGAAAUCAUCAACCUCAAGACGCUGCUGAUAGCUCACAAGGAUUGUGCGGUUGCACAGCAAAAUGGUAUGGUUGGAUUAAACCUGUUACAACAACAGCGUCCACCACCGGCUGGUACGAACGCUAUGGCUAUGUCCAUGGCUCCCACAGCCCCACUUAAUGCUGCUCCCGGUGCUAUGCGAUACUGAGCUUAUUGUAGAAACUAACCAUCUAUUGACGAACCAACCAACCCACCCACUCACCAUUCACAUCCCAUCUAUUCUUUUAUUUUUUGGGUAGCACCCCAUGACAUAUAAUCCCAACAUGUUUUGCUUUGUUCGUUUCUGUAUCAUUUUCUUUGCUUGCUCCAAUCUACUUUCAUUGUACACGCCCUUUUUUUUUUGUAUUACAUGCAGUCAGUAUAAAGUGGAAACGCUCCGUUUUCAAAACCGCAGAACAUGUGGGUUAGCGGGACUUCAAAUCAGUCCA